UAUACCUACGCCAACACAUAAACAACCUCAUCCAGCAGUCCCUGCCUUCUGCCCCCUGCCCCCAGCCCCCAACCCACCCUCACCUUCAAAAAACCCCAGAUCCCCGAAAGAAUGACAACAAAAGGCAGCUGCUUCUGCACCGCCAUCCGCAUCGAAUGCACCAGCCCGCCCCUCACAACGGCAAGUUCACCCAGAAUCUACCCUUACCCCUACAGCGACCCAACCCAGCCCAACCCAGCAGACUCCACCCUAACACCACCGGUGAAUGCAACAGGGUCUCUGCCACUGCCACGACUGCCGCAAACUCACCGGCUCAGCCUACUCGCACAGCCUCCUCGUGCCCACGUCGGCCGUCCGGGUGGUCGCCGGCACGCCCAAGGCCGUCGCCAAAACGGCCGAUAGUGGGAAUGCGGUGCGGAAUUACUUUUGUGGGGAUUGUGGCUCGCCCCUCUACGGGCACAAGAUCGAUGCGGAUGGGCAGCCGGCGGAGGUGACGGUUGUGCGGGCGGGGGUGCUGGAUGAUGUUGAGGUGUUGGAGAGGAGGCCCGAGGCGGAGUUGUUUACGGGGAGGCGGUUGGGGUGGGUUGCGGCUGUGGAGGGAGCGGGGCAGUUUUGUGGGAUGUUGGAGUUCUCUUAGUUCUUUGGUUGUUUAUUCUUAAAUGUUGAUGUAGAAGAUGUAUGGGUUGGUUGGGUUGGAGUUAGGAUACGGGUUUUGUAUAGUAACUAGGAGAGAUUGGUGUGUAAUGCACUUGACAUUGCUGUGGUUCAAUGAGGAAGUGAUCUCUAACCAAUGCUCUAG